GAAACUAAGUGUUUCGCACAAAAGCAGAUUCUUUUUCUUAAAACGCACAAAACUGGAUCAAGCACCAUGGCUAACAUCUUCUUUCGUUAUGGAGACGCCAGGAAUCUUACAUUUGCUCUAGGGGCUGGCACCAUUCUUGGCUGGCCUGAGAAAUUUCACAUUUUCCACCCACUGCGUAUGUUUGGCAAAGCUCCUGAUAUACUCUGCAGUCAUGCAAGAUUUAAUAAGAAACCAAUGAACUGGCUUUUUCCACGAAAAACUAGCAAGUACGUCACAAUUCUCAGAAACCCUGUAGACAACUACGAGUCUGCUUUCAACUUUGCUCAACUAGGAAAAUCGUUUGGUUUGGGAGUUGCGCUCGAUUCCCUGGAAAAAUUUCUAGAUAAACCAAUACAAUCUUAUGACCAUUCUCGUAAGGCGAGUAUUAUGAUGUAUUUGGCGCGAAAUCCUAUGAUGUUUGAUUUGGGUUUGAGGUUUGAGUAUUUCCAAAAUCUCACAGCUGUUAAAGAGUACAUUCAGUUCUUAGACAAUGAAUUUGAUCUUGUCAUGAUUAUGGACUACGUUGAUGAGUCGCUGCUGUUAAUGAAGAGAUUGCUAUGUUGGGGGAUAGAGGACAUUUUGUACGUAAAGCUCAAUGAGCGACAAGACAAGGAAAAAGCUACUCGUUUAAGUGCAAGAGUUAAAGAAAAUAUAAGGCGAUGGAAUAAAGCAGACGUUUUGUUAUUCGAUUAUUUUAACGCGACGUUUUGGGGAAGAGUCAAGAACGAAGGACCAAGCUUUUAUGAGGAACUGAGUACGUUUCGUCGGAGAAAACAUGAAAUACAGCAAUCAUGCUUGAUCAAUGGUACUCGAAUCGAAAGAGCUUAUCGUAACAAAUUUGUGAAGGGCUAUUCAGUUAGAAAUGAUGUUGAUGAAAAUUCAAAGCGCCUCUGUGAAAACUUAGUCAGAAAGGAGAAUGAUUUCCUGGAACAUCUCAGGAGAAAACGUGUGGCGAAACUAAGAGAAACUGGGAUUGACAAGCAUGACAAAAUUAAAAACGAAGCUGGAUGGCAUGUGGCAAAGGAUUUGCGAUAUGUUCCUCUUCGAGCUCGUCGAAUAAUGCGUAAAAGAUUUACUCCACCUUAA